AUGCAUAAUGCAGCCAUAUGUGCUAUGGCUCCACUUUUCUUCGCAUUUCGUCGACGAAAUUAUGCACCAUUGACUGCCCGAUAUAUUUUUGAUUUGCAAGUAGCAUCUCCACAACUGAUAGAUCAUCUUUCAAAAUCAUUUAGUGUUCAGCGUACAGCAAGACCGUUCUCUGCAAUUGCAGUCGACCAAACCAUUGAAUGUACAAUAAACAGAUAUGGCAAAGGCCGGGGUGGAAUUAGUGGACAUUUCAAUAAACAACUAAUUGAUCGAUGGUGUCAAGCGUUCUCAUUUCGUGCCAUUUUGUCAUCAGUCGUUGCUGAAAUUGUCAGUUUGGAGACAGGAUUGAAUUCGCUUGAUACUCAUAUUGAAUGUACACCGACAAGAAUUGAAGUAGAUAAUAAAGAUCUUUCACUGUGUAUAGCAAAACUUAAAUCUGAAAAUCUAUUCUCCUGUGAACAAAAUUCUCUUCCAAAAUUAUUCACUGGAAAAAUUAUACAUAACGAUAUCGUACUAAAUAUCUGUAAUUCCUAUGAACGUGGAUAUGAAUUGUUGAAGAAAUAUUUGGUUGAACGAUUAAUAAACAAAACUGUAAAUGUAUAUGAUAAAAUAGAUUUCGGUAAAAAAUGUUUGUAUUUGAAGGAUACGGACAGAUAUUCCUCGCCUUUACUUAAAUUAAUUAAAUCUCCUACUCACAAUCAACUAGAAGCAUACAUCAGAAGAUUGUUUGUACUGAGAACUUCGAGAGGAUUAGAUUUCAAUAAUAUUUUUAAUCAUGAAUUUACCAACGAACCAUUGUCCCUGUCAAAUAAAAAAUUCCCCAUGCUUUUGUAUCAAAGUAGUAAAUCAGUGGUUCAAAAAUUCCUUUUGGACACAUUUCCAAAU